UCUGUGAAGGGCUGAUCGUAUUUAUUGGGUUCUGCAAUUGUAAUGACACCAAAAGGAAUGAAGGGGGGAGAAAGGGGGGCAAGAUAGCAACAGCACGCAUGGGCAUUGAUCAUCCAGUAAAAGGGCAGCAGCUUCUGUUAUUCCAGCCUGGAGAAAUAUGUCGUGUUCGCAGCAGACCACCAGGCAGUGGGCUGACAGACAGCCUGCUGAUUCUACUCUCAUUAUUGACAGUCUUCCCUCGCUCACCCGUCCUCCCUCCGCACAGCAGAUGCUAUGACGGGCGCCAUGAUGAUGAUCUGGGAUUUUGCUUGCAGCAGCAGGGGCAUCAGCAGUCCAAGAUGCUAAAAGCUAAAAGAUUGGUCGCCAUAUGAAAGGGGAUUACGCUAUGACACAACAAAGAUGGCGGACGUGAACAGACGUACGCUUGUCCAAAAGUUACACUUUUCUUAGAACAAGAUGUACGAAAGAAAACGAUAUUAAGCAACAGGAAGAGUAUAUGUAUUUUAAUAAGGGUCAAAACAAAGUAUUAUUUUGGACAAAUUACGUGAAGUGGCGUCGCAAGUUAAAACGUCGCCCAUUCAUGAUUAUCGUGCGAGCUGCACUUCCCACAAUUCAGCGCGACGUUACGGGCACUGCUGUCUGCUGGCGCAUCUCAUCUAUGCAAAGUCUCUGAAGGCAAGCUGCUGGUGGUAGCUUGACUGUGCAAAGACAGCAAGAAGCGACCGACCGGCGGCGGAGGAAAGGAACGACAAGGGGAAAGGACAAGGGGAAUUUAGGCUGCGUCCCGUCUUUGGACUAAGCAGGAACAGACUGCAGAUUUCCGUCGGGCGUGAAACGAGCUCCUCAAUAACCUUCAGUUAAGGACCCGCAUUUUAACGACUAACUUAACCGACCGUUGUAACUCUUGAGCUGACCGUGGCUACGAACUGUGAAGAAACUAAAGCGACAUUUCGGGACGAAGAAUGGGAUUUAAAGAACAUAUCUGCCAACGCUGAGUUCGAAAAACGAGGAGAUAAUUCCCCAGUUGGAUAGAAAUAGAAAUAUGUUCGAAACUAUUUGAGUUACGUCCAGUAUUGUUAUUGCGUUGCUUUUCGUGCGUCAACUCUUGGAAAAAGGGGAAUGAUGGCAUUUACGAUCGGAGAAAAGUGGCGUUAACGUUAGCUCUGCUGGCUAACACCAAGGCUAGGCUAACAGGCUGCUCUUCAUUCCUGGAGCAGAGGAGGGGCGCUGGGACUUUGGAGCACUGCAGUUCUGCCUUUGCAUUUUUUGGGUUUACUGCAGGAAUGGAGAACCCUAGAAACCUGCCUCAUCAACUCAGGGGAAUCAAUUGACCGCACUGACUCAUAUUUUUCCACACACCAAAGAGAGGAGAGUGUGGAAAGUUCCAACAAACGGUGGGAUUUCGUCAAAAUUAGCCGGCCUGGGGAAGCCCGGCCCUUUGACUGGGACUUACUGUCCAUGCGUGAGGAUUGUUAUAAUAAAUAUUAAGAAUUAGCGGUCGUAUUUUUGUAUACCUUUUAGUACUAAAUGUUGUGGGCGAGACCAUGAAAACACUAGUCUUAAAGCGGAAUUAGCACAGGCUUGUCCUCUGUUCCCAGUCCUUACUAUUGUCAAGGCUUAUACUGGGUGAGAAAAGUUCCUAACAGUCACCGCGCUCGCUGCUACAAGGCCCAGGAGGUGUUUGCUGUCACCCUCCUCCCUGUUAACUUCACCAUUCCUUCAAAAACUAACAAGCAGGAAUAAUGUCGGGAGAGGUGCGUUUGAAGAAGCUGGAAAAGCUGAUCCUCGACGGGCCAGCUCACUCCAACGGCCAGUGUUUGAGUGUGGAGACGCUGCUGGAUAUCCUGGUGUGCCUCUACGACGAGUGCAACAACUCCCCGCUCAGGAGAGAGAAAAAUGUCCUGGAGUUUUUGGAAUGGGCCAACUCUUUUACAUCCAAAGUGAAGCAGAUGCGCCUUCACAAAGAAGAUUUCGAGAUCCUCAAGGUGAUUGGACGAGGAGCCUUUGGAGAGGUAACGUACCCGCCAUGCAAAACACUCAGUAACAUUUAGCCAGCCGCAGGUAUUUUCUUGAACAUACACCGUUAAGAGUGAACACUUUUUGUUGACUUGUCCACUCUGACAGGACAUAUGUCAUAAUCUUUUUGAAAGCGUUUUUUUUUCUUUCCCCCAUAGGGCCACUAAAGGGCAAUUCCCUUGUUUUCUCUAACCCUGACACCUUUAUACCUGGCUUACAAAAGGCGAGAGCGGCGCUGUACUUAAUAGUGGAUUGCUUUUCACUGCAUUCCAACAGCUGUGCGUAGCAUUGGUCGGCCACACGAGCAUGACUCUACUUGCAGCUCCAACACAACUUUUGGAAUCUUCCUGCACGAGUAACACACGAGGAAAAAAAGAA